AUGUCUUCGCAACAACAACAACAACAACAACAACCACCGAAUAAUGAAAAGAAGAUCACGAGUGAUCAGAAGAAAACAACGAGCGACGAGAAGAAGACAAUCAAUGAAGAAAAGAAGCCAACACAAGGUGGUCGCUGUCGUUUAUUUAUUGGUAACAUUCCGUCGGAUUUAACUCAAGAAGAAUUUCAACUAUUAUUCGAGAAAUAUGGUGAACUUGUCGAAUACUUUGUCAAUCCAUCACGUGGUUUCGGUUUUAUCAAACUUACUUCACGUCACGUAGCUGAACAAGCGAAGUACGAUCUUGAUGGUUAUAUCUUACGUGGCAAGCCACUUCGUAUCCGUUUUGCAAGUCAAGGCGCCACAAUAAAAGUGAAAAACUUAUCACCAAAUGUUUCAAAUGAAUUGCUUAAGGAAGCAUUCGAGCAAUACUUUGGUGUUGUCGAACGUGCUGUUGUAAUCGUUGACGAUCGAGGAAAAUCGAUCGGCGAAGGCAUUGUUGAGUUUGAGAAGAAACCAUCUGCACAAAAAUGUCUCAAUGAAUGUACGGAACGUUGCUUUUUUCUUACAAGUGAAUUAAGACCUGUCAUAGUUGAACCAUGGGAGAUCAGAGAUGAUGAGGACGGCUUACCUGAGAAGUCGUUAGUUCGCAAUCCUGCAUAUAUCAAAGAACGAGAACUUCGACCACGCUUCGCUGAGAUGAAUAGUAUUGAACAAACUAUUAGUCUAAAAUGGAAACAAUUAGAAUUACAAGAAAAGCAGUUAUUAGAAGAAGUUAAAAAACGCAUGCAAUAUGCUACUGAACAAUUACAGACCGAAAUCGAUCAAAUGUAUUUGGAACAUCAGUCGCAAGUCUUACGAGAAGAAUUGUUACGUCGUCAAGAAGAUCUUCGUCGAAUAGACGAACUUCGAUCUCAGGAACUCGAUCGUCGUCGCAGUAAUGUACCAAUGCAUCGCCCAGAUGCAUACAAUCAUCCAUAUAAUAUGCCUACUACUCCUGUAAACAAUGUAUAUCAUUCAAAUCAAUCACAAACAAAUACAAUGCCAUAUAAUGACUUUCAGCAAAACAGCUACCCACCAGAUCCCAAUCCACUGAUGUCCCGCGCACCACCUACCGAUGCUGCAUACACGACCAAUCAGGUAGCACGUGGUUAUACACGCCCAAGCGGCGACGAUUUUCAUUAUCAACAGCAACAACAACAGGGAUACAAUAGAAAACGACCGAGAUAUUAA